AUGAUAUGCAUCACAGCCAAUAUGGUUGCUUUCGUAUUUCAUAGAAUUGAGGUGAUUGUAUUAUUCUGAAAAAAAAAAUGAUUUUUGAAUGAAUUAUUACGGCGAGUAAGCCUGCUUGAUAGUCAAACUACACGGCAGGAUUGACUAGGAUUCACUGUGAUUAUCGAAAAAAUCUUACGCAAGUUAUAACGAUACGACAAUAUAAAUACAGAAAAGACACACAGAGGUUAAGAUGGUGAAGUUGUAUGCAUUGACUGUUCUAUAUAAAAGCCCUACAUCAGCAACAACAUUGAAAGCUGCUUAUGAUGUAGAAUCAUUUUCAUUUUUUCAGAGAAACAGUAUUAAAGAAUUUAUGUGUUUUGUCAGUAAAACUAUUGUAGAAAGAACACAAACAUGUGCUAGACAGAGUGUCAAAGAAGGAGAAUACAUGUGCCAUGUGUACGUGCGCGCUGAUAAUCUUGCUGCAGUACUCAUCUCGGAUCACGAAUAUCCCAGGAGAGUGGCGCAUACUUUAAUCACAAAGAUAAUGGAUGAGUUUGAAGUGAAGAAUUUGUCCUCGACAUGGCCUGCACUCAAGGAGGCCACUACUGAUUUCCCACAGAUCAAUACAUAUUUAGCUAAAUAUCAGAAUCCAGUUGAGGCGGAUGCGCUUACAAAAAUGCAAAAUGACCUGGACGAGACGAAAAUUAUCUUGCACAAUACCUUAGAGGCAGUACUACAGAGAGGGGAGAAAUUAGAUGAUCUAGUCUCCAAAUCAGAGGGACUCAGUAUUCAGUCGAAAGCGUUUUACAAGACUGCACGGAAAACUAAUUCCUGCUGUAGUUUAGCUCCUUAGGAUGUAUGUAUCUUUAUUUUCAGUGAAUUUCAUCGCUUUUUCGAUAAAUGUUUAUAAUCUUCGCGAUAUAGAAACAUAAAUGAUAUUUAUAUGAUUCUUGGAAAAGAUGAUAUGUGGGAGGAAGGAAAGGUUUAGCUAGCAAAUGGAGAGAUAUAAUAGAGAAUAAUCAAUUUAAUUUUUUCGAUGGAAUGUAAUUUGUUGAAUUUCUAAUUCAAUAAUAGACAAAAAGCAAACCACUGCCGGUUUCCUCCCAAUUAAAUGGAUUUUUUAUAUGGAUGUUAUAUAUUCCCGUAGAAUUUGUCUACUUGCAAGAAACGGUCCUAAACACAAUUAUCAUUAUGUAAAAUUACUUCCGAGAUGAAUUUUGUGUGAGGGAAAAUGAUUGUAAUGGAAUUUCUACAGUGUCAAAGGUCGCCUUAAACAUAACAUUCCGAAUGUUAAUGUGCCCUUUUUACGUGUAAAAAAAAACGCAAUUGCGUGAGGAAAUUUUAUUAUAAAAAUCUCGUGGAUCGACAGAACUGAGCAAAUGGUAUUCGAUUAAGUUCCAGUUUAUUAAAUAUCAUCAA